UUCUUAAUUCCUUGAUGUGACAUUUAUGUUCUAGAGUUUCAGUAUUUUUUGGUAUUUUUCGUACGGAAUUUCGUCACUUCGUGGUCUAAAAAACAAACAAUAAAAACAGAGAAAAUUUACCAACAAAAGAAUCUUCUUGUUCCAAUAGUGCGAGAACGUUGACUACAUUUUCAAAAUGGUGUAUGUGAAUAAGGAUGGUACGGUGGUGGACAAAGCUCCAUUCACAUCGUUCAAGUGGUUUUGGGGUAUAGUCUACUUCUUUUAUUACCUCUUCCAAACAUUGAUCAACCCAAACUUCAGUAAACAUGGCGAUAAAUAUGUGACUGAUUAUCGUCCACCAGGCAGUGGACCACCAAAACCACCAUCAAGGAAGUUCGGAGGAUUCGGUCCCUCUUCAUCAGGCCCGGCUCCUCCACCAAUGGGAGGCUGUGGAUGUGGCUAAUUUACUUCAAUAUUCAUUUAGAAUGCAAUUAAUAACUUAAAUAAUAAUUUUCCUAUAACGUUAAAUUAACGCCUACUUAUGAUCUAAAAACCAAAUUUUUCUCUUUUUAUUUCGUAGAAGUUUGCUUUUUAUUGCCUUUUAUAUAUUUUUAAGUAUUUAGUUGUUAUACUCUAAUAAAAUACUAUACAUGUAUUUGUGUGGUACAUUCCUAUACAUAUAUUAUUCUUAGACGUGUCAUAAACUAAAACAGUGAAUUGUCUAUAUGUUUGUUAUUAAAUAAAUGGGAUAUAAUUAAAAAAAAAAUUGUAUGUGUCCUGGAUAAGGAAAUAUAAUCUAUUAAUCUUAGAUAGAAUAUGUCACAAUAUAUUAUAUAGAUCUGUAAGUCUUUA